AUGGGCUUCCUAAAGAAAUUCAAGAACGAGAUGAAGUCGGCGUUUGGUGAUGACCAGCCUUCGUACCCUUCUCAACAACAACAGCAAUCUCAGAUGCCCAUGACCGACCAGCCGUCUAGCAUCCAGGAGCCUUCACCCUUGGACGUCCUCCGCUAUCGAUACCAACAUGGCACCAAUUUUGGUUCCAUCUUUGUGCUUGAGAAAUGGCUCACUCCCAGCAUGUAUCAGGACAACGCCGACUCCGCCGAGCUUGCGGCUGUGACUGGCAACAUCAAAGCGAUGGGUCUUGAUGCAGCCAAGCAAAAGUNNACAUCUGUUCGUCUACCCAUUGGAUAUUUCACACUGGGUCCGGCUUAUUGCGCAAACACGCCUUUCGAAUCUUCUGCUGGAGUUUAUGAGAACGCAUGGCCGGCUGUAAAACGCCUUGUCGCUCGCUUGACUGCCAAAGGUAUCGGCACUCUUCUUGACCUCCACGCAUUGCCUGGUGGUGCAAAUGGAGGUGAUCACUCCGGAACCAACAGCGGCAAGGCCGAACUGUGGAAAUCGAAGAGAAAUCUGGAUCUUGCUACACGCUGUCUACUAUUCAUCGCUCAUGAAGCUAGAUCAAUGGACGGUGUCAUUGGUCUGCAGCUAGUCAAUGAGGCCGAGUGGGACGCUUCUGGCAUGUAUGGCUGGUAUGACUCGGUGAUUGGUCAGAUCGGUGGUAUUGACAACACUAUCCCUCUCUACAUCUCAGACGCAUGGAACUUGGGUCCUACAGUCGGCUAUAUCAACGGCAAGAACAGUCUGCAUGCUGGUCGAGCAAACCCGAUUGUCAUUGACACUCAUCUGUACUGGGCAUUCUCAGAUGACGACAAGAAGAAGAACCCUAGUCAAAUCGCAAACGAAGUCAGGUCAAAGCUCAGUGAGCUAGAUGGUCAUGAUGGCAGCAUCGUGGAUCAUGGUGCAGCACAAGUUGUCAUUGGCGAAUACAGCUGUGUCUUGACAGAAGACUCUUGGGCCAGAGCUGCUGCCGAUCAGAAGGAGAAUCUGGUACGCGACUUUGGACAAGCACAGACCCAAAGAUAUCAGCAGAGAGCUGGUGGAAGUUUCUUCUGGACAUAUCGCAUGAGAACCAGGNAUUGGAUGGAUGGCGGUGAAUGGGGCUUCAAGCAACAAACCAACAACGGUGCCAUCACAGCUCCUAACAACCUCGCCCUUUCCAAUGACGAUGUUCAGGCUCGUAUUGCACAUGCGCAGUCUCAAUUAGACGCGAAAUGCGGACAGACCUUUGGCGGUCACUGCAACUACUGGGAUUCCAACCAUCCUGGCGAAUACGAGCACUGGCGAUUUGAGGCGGGCUGGAAACUCGGCUUCAACGAUGCGAUGACCUUCUUUGGUGCAAGAGCUAAUGGUCGAAUUCCCGGUACUGGAGGUGACAAGAUUGGCAUGCUGGAUAUCUGGACCAAGAAGAGAAUUGUUGAAAGUGGGCAGGCAGGCAAACUGUUAUGGGAGUUUGAGCAAGGUUUCAGACAAGGAGUUCGUGACUUCUACGAGCUUGCUGGAAUCUAG